AUGGUCGAGACAAAUAACCAGCUAUCACACCCCUCCGGGCCACAGUACCAGUUCCUUGUAGGAGAGGGCUUGUACGUGCUAAAAGAGGACUUACACCUCGCAACCCCUCCACCACACCCCUCCGAGGCCCCCGUUGUCAACCCGAACCCUCUGUCAACCGCUCCCCAGCCUGCCACAUCCGGCACCAAAGUCUCCCUCAUCACUCUCGACAUACCCAACAACAGUAACAGCAUUAAUGCCAGCAGUGGCCCCUCUACAGUUAUCUACCGGACCCUAUCCCGGAAGGAUAGCACCAUCCAGCAGCAGCAGCAGCAGCAGCAGCAGCCAAUAGCCAGCACCGCCGGCAGUAUCCGAGAGCAUCCCGAUGAAAGCCAGUCCUCAACCGACGUCCGCGAAAGCAUCAGCGAUGCAGGCCGGCUCGGCACCAGCAGCGCCGGUGGCGGUAACGCCGCGACGGCAAGCGACGUGACCGUGCCGUUGUUCGCGUCGUCUAAUGCCUCGUCCAGCGCCGCUACUCCUGCGUUUGGAGAGAGCAACUCGCUGCUGUCGUCCCAGAGAGAUAGCGGGUCAUCCAAGGGCAAGCUGCGAAAGCCGAAGAAUAAUAUGAGCAAGACAAACUCAUCGUUUAUUUCGAGAGUCAUUUGCCAUGAGGCGCUGGGGAAGCGCUUGCAGGAGCGGGCCAAGGAUGGAUUGUUGGCGUUUGCGAAUGUGGGGAGGGCGUUUCAGUGGUUGGAUUUGUCGUCGGCUAUUAAGGCAGAAUAUCUCACCAAGAUCUUAUUGACAAGGGCGCACUGCCUGUGUCAUGAUGUGAACAAGAUUACCAAGAGCCAGUCGCAUAUCGAUAUGGUCAUGGGCUUUUCCACGGGCGAGAUCAUCUGGUGGGAGCCCAUUUCACAACGAUACACGCGGCUCAACAAGAAUGGCAUCAUCAACCGCACCCCCGUCUCCGAGAUCAAGUGGAUCCCCGGCUCAGAGAACCUCUUCCUUGCCGCUCAUUGGGACGGCUCACUCGUGGUGUAUGACAAAGAGAAGGAAGAUGCGGCCUUCGUUUCCGAAGAUGAUGCUGUGUCCGGCGGCAGACCUAGUGUUGAGACUGUCCGGACGAGCCGGGUCAACUACUCCAAGCAGAUGCACGUCCUUAAAUCAGUCAACUCCAAGAACCAGAAGACGAACCCCGUCGCAGUUUGGAAGUUGUCGAAUCACCGGAUCAACGCCUUCGCCUUCUCUCCUGAUUGUCGUCAUCUGGCUGUUGUGUCGGAAGAUGGUAGCCUCAGGGUGAUAGAUUACCUCCGCGAGGAACUUCUACACAUCUUCUACUCCUACUACAGCGGCUUCACCUGCGUCUGCUGGUCCCCCGACGGCAAGUACAUCGUCACAGGCGGACAAGACGAUCUCCUCUCGAUCUGGUGUCCCUCUGAAGCAUCCUCUCCUCGUCCUCAGCGCGGCUUGACCAGCGGCUCCACGGCGAACGUCUCAACCUCCGAUGUCAGUCCCAACGGCACUAACGCCGCCGCCGCCGAGACCGAUACCCUCAAUGGGAGCAGCUCGGCCGUCCCCGGGGGGUUGGUAGCCCGCUGCCAGGGCCACCACUCCUGGGUGACCUCUGUGGCGUUCGACCCGUGGCGAUGCGAUGACAAGAACUAUCGCUUUGGCAGUGUCGGCGAGGAUUGCAGGAUCUGUUUGUGGGAUUUUAGCGUGGGGAUGUUGAACCGGCCCAGGGCGGCAUCCGUCCGUCAGCGUGGCGCCAGCAACUCCUUCGCCCCCGAGUCUGGGGCAGUCACCAGCAACGGUGGUGAAGGGGUCCAGGGGAGUAGGGUCAGGUCUGACUCGACCAUGUCUUCGAUGUCGCGCCCUGAUACCGCGAAUGCAAGUGCGCCUGCGGGAGCCGGCGAUGAUUCGAAAGCGAAAAAAAGGGAGGUACUGGUGCACCCUGUCCAGUCCCGCGCUGCGACGGCCAUGUUGCCUCCUGUUUUAAGUAAGGUUAUCGACGACGACCCGCUGUCUUGGAUCGGCUUCACGCCAGAUGCAAUCAUGACCAGUUGCAAGUCAGGACACAUACGGACCUGGAGCAGACCCUCCGAGCUGACACCCGAAGUGGGAGGACAUACUGAGGCUUAG